AUGACAUUGGGGUUCCAUAUCCAUGAAGAAAGGUAUUAUGCGAGCGGGACCUACGAGACCAGUCUGUCUCUGCUCUCCACCGUGACACGAAUGAUUCCUAACUAUAAAUGUGACCAGAGUGACAAGCUCCUCUCUGUCAUCGGUGGUCUUGACUCCAGAGUCUCCAAGCAGAUGGCUUCCCUCUUGGGUAUCUUUAAGAUGCCACAGUUAGGUUACAGGUCCUUCGACCCUCUUCUAAGCAACACUAUCAACUUCCCCACGUUCUAUCAGAUUGAUCCCAAGGACAUCCUACUGCAGAUGGGAUUAAUACGGCUACUCUUGUAUUUCCACUGGAACUGGGUUGGUCUCAUCGCUGUGCAUGAGGAUAGCAACGAACAUUUCAUCCGGAGUGUGAUACCAAUGCUCACCAAGAACGACAUUUAUGCCAUUUCCUGUGCCCAAUGCCCAGAAGAUCAAUACCCAAACAAGAACCAAGACCAGUGCGUCUCCAAGAAGAUACACUUCCUUUCUUAUCAAGAGAAUUUGGGGGUAAUUUUAGCUUCCCUGUCUAUUUUCCUGUCUCUGGUCACAUCCCUUGUACUGGCCGUUUUCAUUCAACACCACAAUACACCAAUUGUCAGAGCCAACAACCAAGACCUCACCUACGUCCUCCUCAUCUCCCUCCAGCUCUGCUUCCUCUGCUCCCUGCUCUUCAUUGGCCGACCCACUAAGGUCACUUGUUUGCUCCGACAAACCGCUUUCGGCAUUCUCUUCUCCAUUGGUGUUUCUUCUGUCCUGGCAAAAACGGUCACGGUGGUUCUGGCCUUCAUGGCUACCAAGCCAGGAAGCAUAACAGGAAAGUUGUUGGGGAGACAACUGGCAAAUUCUACUGUCCUGGCCUGUCCCCUUAUCCAAGCAGCUAUCUGUGCCGUAUGGCUGAUAACCUCUCCCCCAUUCCCCAACUUGGACUUCCAUGCCUUGCCUGGGGAGAUAAUAGUGGAGUGUAAUGAAGGGUCAGUCACCAUGUUCUAUACUUCUCUGGGCUACAUGGGCUUUCUGGCCCUGGUCAGCUUCUUGGUGGCUUUCCCAGCAAGGAAAUUGCCAGAUGGUUUUAAUGAAGCCAAGUUUAUCACCUUCAGCAUGCUGGUCUUCUGCAGUGUGUGGAUCUCCUUCGUGCCAACCUACCUGAGCACUAAAGGGAAGUCCAUGGUGGCCGUGGAGGUCUUCUCCAUCUUGGCCUCUGGUGCUGGUCUGCUGGGUUGUAUCUUUCUCCCCAAAUGCUACAUUAUUGUCCUGAGGCCAGAUCUCAACAGCAGAGGUCGCAUAAUGAAGAAUAAGGAGCACAGAAUCUAA